AUGUAUGAAGUCACAGAGCUUGUCAAAACGGGAAAGAAGCUGCCACGGCAAGAAAAACUCACUGGCAGGACCAAAGCUGUGGGUACCGAUGGAUCCGUACACAGCAGUGAAUCACACACCGACCGCGCCCAUGGCCUGCUGCGGGCCGCCGCCGGGCCGCUCUGCCUCAUCUUGGACGACAACUUCUACUACCGGAGCAUGAGAUACGAGGUGUACCAGCUGGCUCGCAAAUAUUCCUUGAGCUUCUGCCAGGUGUUUUUAGAGUGCCCCCUGGAAUGCUGCUUGCAGAGGAACCGCCUGAGGAGUCAUCCCUUACCUGAUGAGACAAUAGAGCUGAUGGCAACAAAAAUAGAAGUGCCAGAUGCCAAGAAAAACCCUUGGGAAAGGAACAGCCUCAUUCUGAAAAGUUCUGGUUGCACUUCAGAGGAUGAGUAUGUUACUUUGUUGGGUUUUCACUGUUUUCAUAAACGGAUAAUUAGUUUGCUGGCCACUGCUCUGGAAAAUCCAGUGAAGCAAAACGAAGAAGACACUGAGCAAAAGGAAGCAGACCGAGCCAUCUGUGCAGCCAGUGCUGUCCACCAGGCGGAUCAGACCUGCAGACGCCUCAUCUCUCAGGCAAUGAGGGAUGCAAGAGACAAAAACCUGCUCCCAAGUGAGAUGAAGAGCCUGGCAGAGGAACUCAACAAGCUGAAAGUUGAAUUUUUGGAAGACUUGCGGCAAGGAGACACUUGGACAAAAACCAACACACAGAAUCAAGAUUCUGACCCUGCUACAACUGAGAUUUCUUCAUUCCAACGUGAGGCAGCCAAUGUAGUCAAUAAAUAUAUUUUUAAAUAA